AUGGAGACUCGCCAAGACAACUGCCACGGUUCCAACAAGAUGCUGGGUCUGGGGGCUGCUGAGGACCAAGAACAACAGCAUGGUGGGAAUGCAUUGGUCUUGAAGGCCGAAGAGGAAGGAGGCAAGAAAGGGCUUGUAGAGAGCAAGCUUGCUCAGGGUGAGCUUGAUCAGGGCGAACUUGCUCUGGGCAACCUUGCUCCGGGCAAGCGUGCUCAAAAAGAGCCUGCUCAGCUUGGUCUUGCUGAGGAAGCCGCAGCAGUGGCAGAGGAGGGAGAAAACAGAGAAGAAAUGGGAGGAAGACAAGCUGGCGAUGGGAGCUCUAGCCCCGUGGCCAAGGGGAUCCAAGGAGAAGGCGGCCAUGGCGGCUGUGAUCAGCAACAGCCUCAGCAAGAGGCUGUGAUGCCUGAGGGCAGCAGGAGUCUGCAGGCUGUGAACAGGCGGCCUGUCCAGCGCCGCACCAGAUUCACCCUGUCUCAGCUGCAGGAUCUGGAGCAUCUUUUCCAGGAGACUCGCUACCCCAGCUUGCGAGCAAGGAAGGAUCUAGCAAGAUGGAUGGGUGUGCCGGAAGCUGACGUGCAGGAUUGGUUUCGAAACAGGAGAGCCAUUUUCAGGAGGAAUGGUAGAAUAUCCAUGCUGAGCGAUAUCAUACAUGGUCCCCCGAGCAACGAUGCCUAA